AUGGCCAAACGCAAAGCAGCCACCAGCCAGAGAAACAGAGCAAAAGCCCAGCCCAAAACGGCGCAUGCCCCGGUUGCAAAUUGUGUGGUAACAGCCCCAGACAAGCAAAAGAAAGAGCGCUUUGGUCGAUUCAAAAAUGGCACCGAUGACCAUAUCACAAUCGGGAAGAGCAAAGAGGCAAACCAGAUCUCAAUAAAGCAACGCGCGGUUGCCGAGGACGCAUUCAAAGACGACCAAUUGACCCUGACAUUGAGUAAGUGGUUUACGCCGGCGUCAUUAGUCUGCCAUGGAACAGGCGUCUCAUCCCGGUCAUCACUAGCAGACGCCUCUGGGGGACGAGCAUAA